AUGGCUGUGAUGGAUGCUGCAAAGCGAGUGACUACCCGGCUGCCUCCAGAAGACAAGCUUCACAGCUGCUUCCUCCAAGCAAGUUUCGCUUCUCUGCUGCCGUCCUUCAUCCCUGCGGACGCGCUGCGCUGGAUUUUCCUGUCUAGGGCAGGAAAGCGCAUCCUGGACGAGGGUGAUAUUUGGAGACACAUCUUUCAGACAGGUCUGGACUUGACGGGUGCUUGCAUUGGUCCAGAGGGAGCGGCAGCACUAGCUCAACGGAUGCCGGAGAAUCUGCAGACGCUCAGCCUGGAUGCCGCUUGGCUUUUCUGA